AUGAAUAUCUACUAUUAACUUAUUAUAAAGAAAGUAAAAUUAUUUAUAAGCAAAUUAAGCUUUUUUACUAACCUUAGAAUAAAAUAAAUAAGGUAAUAUAAUAUUUUAGAAGUUUUUAUAAAAAGAAAGAUUUAAUAAACGUUUAUAAUAAUAUUAGGAGUGAUGAGCCACAUUAUAUUUGUUAGAUUCAGACAGCACAGUUUAUGA